CUCGUAUCACAUUGUCGUGUGAGCCGUUUCCGCAUCGUUUCGCAUCACCAUGAGCAGCUACGAAGGCGAGAAGCGCGGUCGGUUCUUCGCCAAUGCGCCGCAUAAGAACAGCGACAACAUGCGCGGCAUCCUUGGCGCGUACCUUCCGUCGGUCGUCAAGCCCGUUGCCAAAGUACCCCACCGCCACACGCUCUACGAGACCAAACCACGGGGCAUCGAGCGUUGGCAGAAUGCGUUGCGGAUGCUGGAAGACGUUUACUGCGCGCUCACGACGAUGGACGAGCAAUCAGGUGGCGGCCGGUCCAAGGGACUCUCUCGGCUUGGCGCGUGCAUCCUUGAGGUUCGCAACGCCGCCGACGAGGCCAUCGCUGCCUUGACAGCGCAUGCGAUCGGCCCUUGCGUGCUGCCCGAUGGCGAAGGGGCGUCUGAGCUUCAAGACGAGAUGAUCCAACAGGACACCCGCCCGGUUUUGCAGACACUACCGAGUCCGGUGCACAGCCAUGAUGAUACCAAAGCCGAGGCAAAGCUUGAACGGUCGCCACUCAAACAGCUUCGCGACGUCAAAGUGACUCGAAAAGCACCCAAUAGCCCGAAGCGAAGCCCCGUGAAGCAGGGACUGCGCGCGUAUGAGAAUGACCGAGACCGGCAGCUCGUGGCCGACCUCCAUGCCGAAUUUCACGAAAAGAAAGCUGCAUUCCAGCUCUUGCGAUGGCGGGUGCAUGCUGCCGAGAACGUCGCGCGGUCCCAUGUCGAGGAAGAAAAAGUCGCCCUGCAACGACUCCAGCGACUAAAACUAGACUUGGAUAGCUAGUCGUUUUUGCUUCUAUCCCAGCUUGCACUGCCUCCAAGCUGCCAAGCUCUCAAAUGCAAAAGAGCGAUGCGUAGGAGAAACAAACAGUGGAUGUCAAUGUUGU